UUGGGUAACAAUCUUCAUAUUUUGUCAUAUAUGAAAUAUAUAGAUAGUUAAUGAAUAGUGUAUCAAAAGUUCCCUUUUUGAAAACACUAUACAGCUCAUUCUUAUGUGUCUACUAAAACAAUAUGAAAAUACAUAUCAUUUCUUUUGUGUUAGGACAUAUGUCUCCAAAUAAAUCAAAAUUAUACAUGAUGUCAGCUUGCAUAUUUUUUGUGUGCGUUAAUUGUGAAUUCAAUCUUGAAAAUAUCAUAUUAAAAAUUGGUCACAUAUAUCUAUAUACAUAUGUAUGUGUGUGUGUGGUAUAUAUGCAGGCAUGAGUCUUAUGAAAAUCCAGCAAACUACCUGAAUAUCUCCAUCAGUACGUAGCAUCCAACCAUUAGAAAGCAGUCAGAUUAAUUAUUCAAAGCACACCCUCUCUCUCUCUCUCUCUUUAGCCAUGAAUGUAUCGGGCUUACCCUGCUGUGUAAAUCAGAGGUCGACAUUUCGACCAAAGAAGAGGAAGCAUCAUCCAUCAGGGAGCAAUGUCAGUGGACUGAGUAUUAGUGAUCAUGUGGUUGAAAAACCAUUCACAGCGACUCUCAUGAGUUACAACCUCAGAGAAGCCGUGAAACUACCUUAUGGUGAAGACAUUAACCAGUGGUUGGCCAUUCACACCAUAGAUUUCUACAACCAUGUAAACGUUUUGUACGCUACUCUCAAAGAGUUCUGCACAACCACCACUUGCCCUAUCAUGAAUGCUGGAUCCUUAUAUGAGUAUAGAUGGGCAGAUGGGAUCGCUAUUAAGAAGCCAAUAACGGUUUCUGCUCCUGAAUACGUUGGGUAUCUCAUGAACUGGAUUGCAACUCAGAUCGAUAACGGAACCAUCUUUCCGCAAACACCUGAAGCAACAUUCCCAUCGAAUUUUAAGGACUUCGUGAAGGUGAUUUUGAAGAGGCUGUUUAGGGUUUAUGCACACAUCUAUCAUUGUCACUUUCAGAAGGUUGUGAAUCUCAAGGAAGAAGCUCAUCUCAACACUUGCUUCGAACAUCUUGUUCUCUUCACAUCUGAGUAUCAGUUGAUUGAUGAAGCAGAGAUGGAGCCUCUUAAAGAGCUCGUGGGAAAAGUUUUGAAACCAUAGAAAAAAUCUAUGGUUUCAAGGUGGAAAAUAAGGGUUGUGAGAUAUAUACCAAUAAUUAACAUCCUAAAGGAGAUGAUGUUUAUGUAACUAGUCGAGCUUAUACAAAUGAGCUGAUUUAAUAUAUGCAAUAAUCUAUCUUCUGAUGUUUUCAAAGUUUCACCAUAUAUACUCAAAUAGUCAAAUAUCCUCCAUGGUUGGAAUAUAUCCUUUUUAUCUUUUCCUUGAACUGAGUUGCGUGACCUAGAAGGUUAGAAGAGGUUUUAUGCUUUGGGAUUAGAAUCAAAGGACGAUUCUAGACGCUAACUUUUAGAGAAAAACACACAUCAAAUAAAAAAAUUUCUAGUUCCUUCACUGCAAGUUUGCAACUACACCCAAACCAGCAAAUAUACAUAGCAACCAAACACCUCUGGGUAAACGGUGGUCCUUAACUUGACUUUGAAUAUAACAAGUGGUUAACAUAGCUUCUCAUUCUUGCAAGAACUAGUAUUUAUUCUACGACAUGGAUGACCAUCAAGGUUAAUUAAGAAAUCAAAUAGUUCCUCUUCAAAUAACAAUUGGAAUUCAAGUUUAUUUGAUGCGGUUAAAAAAGUUAAUAGCAAAAAGCAUAUCAAAGAAAAAUAGUUCACAUCCAUACUAAAUGAAAAACAAAAAAAAAACAUAAUAUGGCCCGAUGUGACAAACAAUUUAUGAUGAACUGCCUUCUCCACAAGUGAGCAAGAAGCUGAAACUUGGGUUUUCAUGGAUCAAUGCAAGAGUAUCAAUGUCGUUUACAUCCCCUUGUUCCGUUGAUUUUGAUAAAUCCUCUACGGUGAAUGGAAUGCUGCGUUUUGAUUGAUCACUCUCCGUUACUUGAGAGCAAUGUGACAAAACAUUUAUUCAAUAACAAUAAGAAAAAAAGGUUUAUGUUUACCUCAAGUCGUCCUCCAAAAGAGAGUCACUCCGUACACCAUCGGUCAAGUCAUCUAUCAAUCUAAUCAUCAUGCUUGAAAUAACCUUAUGGUUUGAAAAAAAAAACAAAGAGAAAGUUUAAACAAUGUCUAGAUAGAAUCAAAGGUUUAGACGUCAUUUUACAAGUGAAAACGUACAUCUGAAGAAACGCUGCUCAUGUCAUAAAUGUCAUCAAAGUACAUAGCACUGAUUCUGUAUAGCUGCCGUAUACUUAGCACCUGAACCACAAAAGCAACUUCAAUGUUCACCUCUUGGAAAAAAAAAACAAAAUAAAAGUCUAAUGAUCAUUACCGGACAGAGUUCUCUUGUUAUUUUGUCUAAGGUCAUUUCCUGCUUUUGAAUAAUGGCCUGAAAGAGAGCCAAAACAAUUGAGUUUACAAUGCAAUAGAAGGUGUGGCAUAGCAUCAAAUAUAGUUAUACCUGCAAGAAUCCAGCUGCCUGUCUGAUAUGACUCAACUCAUCCCAAGCUGAACCAGCAUACUGUUUUUUUUUUACAACAAACAAUUAAGUCAACUUUUCAGAAAAAAAAAUUCUAAGAUGUGAUGAAAUCAAAGCUUACUUCAUCAGUAGCCUCUAUACACCAAUUUUUUAGUUUAGCCAAACCUGUUUCAACGUACUCCCCGUUGACAAAAUAGCGACAGUCAUCGCUUAGGAGAAUACUGCACAAGUAGUUGAUUUACAGAGAAAACUUUCUGUCAGCCAAGGAAAACUUACCUUGAGACAAAAGAAAAGGAGAUAUUACUACUAGUGAACAUGCAUGCCUGUUUAGGAGCUGAAGAUUGAUGAAGAAGAAUAUUUGUGUGAUUAAUUUGCUGACCAGGAAUGGUGGAGUCUGCAUCAAGCAAAGUUAGAGAGUUUCAUUGCUCAUUACUCAUUAGAUUAUCUCAAUCCGAAGCCCAAGCUGUUAUUAUAUUCUUAUUAAAUCGCAGACUCACAUUGUUUGCUUUCAUUAGAUUCAAGUAACUGCUUAGCCUUUCCACAAUACUUUCCCAGUGACCAAUCAAAUCUUGUUGAGGAACAUUGUUUUCUUGCGCCUGUGUCAUGUAACCAUGUCUUAUAUACUAAAUCGAUGAAACAAUGAAAUGAAACUUGAAGGUCAAUAUAUAGACACACUAUUUAAAGGAAGUAAAUAAACAACCUGUUUAGAUAACCGGAGAAGAGAAAAGACCUCAAUCUUCAGAUUAUCUCUGAUCAUAACAUACAUCUUCUCUAGGAAUCCAAUAAGCUGCUGCUUGAAAAGAGUUGCUGGGUACUUUGCUUCAACUUGCAUUUGUCUAUCCAAAGAAGAGACAACACCGCCUCCCAUGCAUCCCUAUUUAGAGUGUAAACAAGACACACAAGACAUGAAGUGAGUCAGAUAAAGGUCAAGUCAGGGAGAGUAAAAACAAAGAUUUAUAGCUUGUUACUCUGGACUCUGGUAUUGCAGCACUUGUGAAUGUGUGCUGCAGUAGCUUAAGUAACAUGGUUGAAUUAGAUAACCAAUACGCCAAAACUUGGUUGUUAUCUGGUACCUGUAAUGGAAGACAACAUUUUUCAUAUUGAAUCAAACACUUGCUAACGUUAAUUUAUUUUAACCAUGUUGCAAUAAUUCAUAACCCAAAGCUUCUGAACAGUGAAGCAAGAAAGAACCAGCUCUUACUUCAAUGGCCGAAGCUAUUGUUUGAAUGAUACGGUCAAAGAUGUUUGUUUCUUCGAGUUCAAAUGAUCUCCAGUGAAGGAGACAUUUGUAAAUGAGACAUGCAGCAACAGGGUUGCCUCCAGCAAAGCCAAGGUUUUGUGAGAUGCACGUGACUAGUAGUUCCUGAUUUUCCUGAGUGACACCAAGCUAAUAAACAUAAUGCAAUACUCAGAAUAAAAAUACAUGAAAAGAUAAGCAUUCUUCACUUUAUAUGAAUCCACGCAAAGAAAAGAAAUAAGUAUGGUGUUGGCACCAGUAACACACACCUGUAGAGCCUCCACCUCUGAAGUCAAUGAAAAGAUUUUUUCAGUAUCCUUAACUAAUACCGAAGUCACCUUAUCUACUGGAGCUUCCUGUUACAUUUAUAGGCCAUAAGCAAUUGAAGAAACAAGAAAGUAACCAGGUCUCAUUUUUAAAUGUGCAAGACUUAGUCAGAAAAAAGCACACUUCCUCUUACCUGUGUAGGCAUUGUAUUUCUCUUCUAGUCCGAAACCAAAAAGCAACACCAACAUGCAAACGUCUGGAACUGAAAAAAAAUAUAGUUAUAGCAUAUUUAAUCAACCAACAAGGAUAACGAUGACUAGUAAGAAUCUAUCUGGAGCAUCAAAACUUGUGAGCAAAACGAAAUAGUCAAAAGUGUAUUGGCUAAGUUUAACAAACAUGAGGAAAAAAAACAAAACACACUGCUGGUUCAUAAAUUCCUUUGAAAAAUGAAGCAAGAAAGAACCAACUUACUUCAGUGGCCAAAGCUGCUUUUGUCUGAAUGAUGAUGAACCCUGGUUUCUACAUGUUUAUACAAACGUCAUCCGAAAAUUAAAUUUGCAAAUAAAGAGAAAAUAUAGAAAAUGAUGAUCCAUUUAUAUUCUACAUGUAAAAUGGUAAGUUUUCUCUAAUACUAUUAUUAAUUUAAUCAUUUAUAUUAUAUUAUCAAUCUUAUAAAUAACAUGUAGUUGUUAAAUUGAAAAUUGCUGUACAAGUUUACCCUUUAGAAGUAAUAUUUGAGAGAAACAAUAAAAAAAAAUUGCAGUCUAACCAAUAAAAUUCUGGUGCACAAUCUCACUAUAAUUUAUUUAUUUAUUUGCUGUGUCUAAAUU